CACGGUCAGCUGAAUAGCCUCCUCCUCCUUUUUCUUUCCAACCUGGUGGCACAGGUUUGUCUCACCUUAUUUCGGAAGCACGGAAGAUCAGAAGUCAGCAGGAACAGCGUGCAGCUGUGAAAACUGAUUCCCAGCAAACAAAUCCCCCCUCAGGCCUCUGUCGCCUGACACCAUGAAUAUCUCACUUGAGAACCCCUACGGAGAUGUCGCCAUCCCUCGUGCCAAGUUGCGGGAUGAGGGUGACUCCAGCACCAUCAUCAUGAACCCAAUGGCGUUAGAGAGCGCCUAUAACAACCGUAAUUCCGCCUCAAACCCCUACAGCAGCUUCAAAACUCCAGGGGAGAUCAACACCUCGGGCGUUCCGGUUUACGGAGAGGCCAGGAACGGCAGCCAGAACCCCCCUCCUUACAACAACCAGCCAGGAUACACGGUGAAGGAAAGCGACGAGCAGGUGGGACGCUGCUACGCCUGUUGCUGCCCGUGCCGGAGGAGGAAGUAAGACCAGAUGAUGUUAGGAACCAUUAUUCAGCCUCCCAAAUUUUGAAAGCCAUAUAGUUCUAAAAUGACUGGAUUAUAUGGAACCUUAGCCCUGGACACCAUACUGUGGUUUGGACAAAACAAGAGCUGACCUUCUGUGCCUGCACCGAAACUUGUUAUAUUAAAUAUUUACUUUUGGAUUACUAUGUCAAACAGUGCUUUGUUCAAUUGGCACAGUUAAGUUUGACUGGAUUACUCUUUGUGGACCACUUUGAAGUAGCCUUACCUAUGUGUGCCUCAUACAAUGGCAUGCUGAGAUACUCCCCUUCAUUCUAGCAUUACCCAUUUGUUCACUCACUCACUUAAACUAAGUUUUUUGAAUAAUGUUGUUGUUAAUGGAGUGCUUCUUUAAAUUAUAAUGACACUGAACUGGUGUACACAGAGGUGAGGCUCUCUUCACAAUACGUCCUGGUGGGCUUCAUUUGGUUUUUGAGCCACACCCUGACGUGCCGUCAGACACAGGUCAGUGAAACUUGAGGAAGAACUCUCAUUCUUUUUCUAAAGAAUAUACAAAAGGACACUAUCAUCUCUUCCUGCACAAGGAGUGUUGUGGCAUCCGAGUUUCUACUGAACAAGCUUUUCUGGUUGCUGUAGACACACUUCUGACGCAUUGUGUCUAUUGGUUAAGCUGCCAAAGAGACAGUUCAGUGGAAGAUAAAACUGUUCUAGUACUGAUAUUAUUUUAUCAUAAGUAAUAUUAUAGUUAAAUUUAAUAAAAUGGGGCAUGACUGUUUUUUUGUCCAUAAGACUGAGCCUGACUACUAAAAUAUGCCAACCAAAAAUGUUUUAGAUGUCUGUAUUAUAUGUUAGGCACGUUGAUCAAUAUAUUUUUUGAUACAUAAAAUCACUUUUGUCUCCAUAAACGGUUGUCUUUUUACUUAAUAACUUACUCGCUGCUUUUGACGAGGUCUUUGUGACGUCAAAUUCUUUGUAGCUGAGUAAAGGCAUAUACGCGGAUGAACCGGUUUGGGAUGCAGUGGCCUUAGAGCAAGUUCCUGGAACAACAGAUAGUCACAUGGAGUGUAGAACAGCUUGUUAAUAGGUGUAAUUUAAAGAUGCUUUGUGGAAUUUGUGCUCAGGGUUAUAUACUGCCCACUAUUGAUAUACAGCACUGUUCAAUUAGAUUUCUUUAGAUUUAUUGUCAGCAGCAUAGUGCCAGAGUCAACAGGAAAUUAUGAAUUCAGAGGGAAUCACUCACUAUUUAAAAGUUAAAAACUUUAUCCAGUUUUUAUGUUAUUUUUUUUAAAGAUAUUUGCUCAAUUUCUUUUUGUGUAAGACUAAGAAAUGUUAUGUUUGCUAUCAAACUGUCCCCCUGUGUGUUCCCAUACACACAGUGUUGGAUGCAAUUAAUUACUCUUAAUUUUUAUGUAAUUGCAUUAAAGUUGGUUCAUAAGUUCACCCAAAAAAAAUUCUCAAAAAUUUACCUCAAGUUGUUUGAUUCGUCCGCGUAUAAAGGCAUAUACGCGGAUGAACCGGAGAAGAUAUUUUACAAAAGAAGAUAUUUUUAAGAAUGUUGGAUCCCAGACAGUUGAUGGCACCCAUUGACCAGUAGGAAAAAAAUACUAUGGAAGUCAAUGGCUACCUGGUAUCCAACAUUCUUUAAAAUAUCUUCUUUUGUGUUCAUCAAACUCAUACAAAUUUGGAACAGCUUGAUGGGAAGUAAAUUAUGACAAUUUUCAUUUUUGGGUGAACUAUACCUUUAAAUACUG